CAGUUAAUCAAGUACCUUUAACUCAUAAUGCCAUCCACUGUCUACGCAUUCCCUACAACAGACGCGCUUUCCGGUGGACUCAAUACAUUUGUUGAGAAACUAUCGCGCGAAGCUAUUGCGGACCAUGGCUCUUUUAGUGUAGCAGUAUCUGGAGGCUCGCUCCCAAAACUGUUGUCUAAAGAGCUUGUGAACAACAAACAGGUUGAUUUUUCCAAGUGGCACGUAUUCUGGGCUGAUGAGAGGUGUGUCGGAUUGGAUCACGCCGACUCCAACUAUCUUGAACUCAAGAAGACGCUUUUGGAUCAGGUCAACGUGCCAGCAAGCCAAGUGCACACCAUAAACUCCAAGUACGCGGUCGAGAAGAAUGCGGCAGCCUCGGCAGACGACUAUGAGCAGCAGCUCAAGGGAUUCUUUGGCUCCAAUCUCCCAUCGUUUGACUUGAUUCUCUUGGGUAUGGGACCUGAUGGCCAUUGUUGCUCGCUUUUCCCAGGACAUCCACUUUUGGAAGAACACAGUCGAUGGGUUGCACCUAUUACUGACUCCCCCAAGCCUCCACCGGAGCGUAUUACUCUUACAUAUCCCGUUGUUAACAAUGCUAAGAACGUUGCAUUUGUGACUGCCGGAGAGGGUAAACAAGAGAUGGUCCAAAAGAUCAUUGAGCAGCCCGAAUUACGCUUGCCUUGCCAGCGCGUCCAGUCCAUUAAUAAUGGACCGGUCUAUUGGUUUGUGGAUGAAGCAGCUGCUGGAAGAUUGGAGAAGAAGUUGGUGUCCAAGUUUUAGUGAGAGCUAAUAUAGUUUUGAUAUUAAAGAGAUUUGCUUAGAUAAACAAUCGCAUAUAAUCUCUCCAUGUAUGGCUUUUUUCUUGGCGUACUGAACACGAGAAAUGAAAUGUAUUAGAUAUAUUAGAUAUAUUAGAUAUAUAUAUAUAUAUAUAUAUCUGACAAUUCCCGUCUUGUAUAUUGUUCUAAACCCAGAAUAAGCUUUUUUUUCAUAAUAAAACGGAUUAUCCUUGUCUGGCUGAGUCGGCUGAUGAUUCUGUAUAUGCUU